AUGUCAUUCUUUCUCUUAAUCUUCUUGUUUAGGACUGUGAAACGAUUAGGGAUACCUGAUGAGAGGAUCAUUCUUAUGUUAGCAGAUGACAUGGCUUGCAAUUCCCGAAACAAAUACCCUGCACAAGUUUUCAACAAUGAAAACCAUAGGCUUAACUUGUAUGGAGAUAAUGUUGAGGUAGACUAUCGAGGCUAUGAAGUGACAGUUGAGAACUUUUUGAGAGUUUUAACAGGUCGCCAUGAAAAUGUUGUUCCAAGAUCCAAACGUCUUUUGAGUGAUGAAGGAAGCCAUAUACUGCUAUACAUGACAGGACAUAGAGGAGAUGAGUUUCUGAAAUUUCAAGACUCUGAUGAACUUCAGAGUCAUGAUUUGGCUGAUGCAGUCAAACAGAUGAAAGAAAAGCGUAGGUUCAAGGAACUGUUGAUUAUGGUAGAUACAUGUCAAGCUGCUACCCUCUUUUCCCAGCUCCAUUCACCUGGUGUUUUGGCUAUUGGGAGUAGCAUGAAAGGGGAAAACUUAUAUUCACAUCACUUAGAUUCUGAUGUUGGUGUCUCUGUUGUGGAUCGAUUCACAUUUUAUACGUUAGCUUUCUUUGAGAGGGUCAACAUGUAUGACAAUGCAUCAUUAAUCAAUCUGUUUGGCUCAUUUAAUCCAAAUUUACUGCUGUCAACUGCAUAUUAUCGAACAGAUUUAUACCAACAAGAAUUGGAGAAGGUAUGUCACUUGUAG